GUCUAUCUACUCAGGCUUAGAUUAUAUUACCUGGAGCGAGUUCAUUGUAUUUUUGCCAAUUUUGGUGGAAUAUUUGCUUUCCAUGUUGUCUUAUUCAGCCAGGAGCAUUCAUUCAGCUUCCUAUUGUGGGAUAGGUAUACACCAGUCAAGCACUAAUGAAUAAAAUCAAUCAAUAAAUAAUCAAUAAAAUGAUAACUAUCUCCUAUAGCAGAAGGAUUUGUGCCCCCCAGCUGUCAGUCAUGCUUUUUUUUUGCUUCAUCUGCUAUUUACAAGCUACAGGUGACCCCCAUUUCUCCAGCACUAGAGUGCACCUUGGCUGUGACUAACCCAUCCCAUUCCUGAGCAAUUCCAGCAUUAAGCUUGAUAUGGUCAAAACAGUAUGGCUGACUCUUGAUUACCAAAUCUGUAGUCUCAUUCUUUGGAGACAAGAUUAUGUAGAAACCAAUGUCAAGAGGAAUAUAAUAGGCUGGAUUUAUCUAUUGUGCUAAAGUACAUGUGGAUGGUGGCUCAGCGGUUAAAGACACUGAGCUUAUCACCUGGAAAGCUGACAGCCUGGGUUUGAGACCUUAGUGCUGCGCGAUGGGAUGAGAUCCUGGGACAUGCUCCAGCUCCCAGCUAUCUACCAGUUUGAAAACUUGCAAAUACAAGUAAGAUAAAAAGGUACUACUUUGGUGGGAAGGUAACAUUGUUCCAUGCGCCUUGGCAUAUAAUCAUGCUGGCCAUUUGGCCAUGAGAAUGUCUUUGGAUAAUGCUGGCUCUCUAGACUAAGAAACCGAGAUAAGCCCCACCCCCUGGAGUCGGACAUGAAUGGACAAAGAAAAUUUUUACUUUGCCUUUUUACAUGUGGGCAGUGAUUUUAAUGGUUAGCUCUGUAUCCCAUUCUCUUCUGGGAGCUCAAGGUGAUAUGUAAAAUAUUUCCUCUUCAAAUUUUCCACACAAAAGUGACCUGGCAAGAUAAGUUGGGCUGAGAGAGAGAGAAUGGUCCAAAGUCAUUCAAAGCUUCCACACCCAGGGAUGGACUUAAAACUUGGUCCAAUCAUCUCUUCCUCCAUCCCAUACAAAUGGUUUCUGCUAAAAUUCCCUCUUUUGUUGUCUUAACUGCUGCAUCACUUACUUAAUACAUUCUAUGAACUUACAUAUUGUGGUUUGAGAAACAUACUUUAUGAUUUAGCAUGUUGGGGAAACCCACUUCAUUUUGCUUUAUUCAGUAUUUAAACAAACUCUGCAUUAGCACGUGUAUGGACUCAGAUAUUUUGUGAAAUGUCCAGACAGCUUCCAUGAAGUUAUUCUCUAUUAUCUAGGAGUAAGGUGGGCAUUGUUUGAAGGGGUAGGUGGUACUGAGUCUGUAUCUGGCAGGCAGUUUUAACAGAUUGACUGCCCAGAGUCUACAAUUGGAGCUAGGUCAAUGUUUUGUGUAAUAAAACAAUGCAUUGCUUGUCUGACUUCAGUGAAGCUAGCUUCCGUCGAUUGGGUCAGAUGAUCAUCGAGUAUGAGAAUCCCUUGCGCAAGCUGCUGGAGGAGUUUGGACCUCAUACCAAGACUGUGAGCCAUGCACUUCUUUCACUGCACUUCCUGUUUGCCCGUCGAAACCAUUCUGCUGACCAGUGGCGAGGUGACCAGCUCUUCAGUUUGAUCAGCAAUCCUGCCAACAUGCUGUCUCCUGCCAGUUCAGACACUAUGGCCUGUGAAUACCUUUCAUGGGAGGUUCUCGAGCGAUGGAUUGUGAUGGGGUUCUUGCUCUGCCAUAGUUGCCUGGGCUCUACCCAGAGUUGCCUGGAUCUUUGGCGGAUGGCUCUUCGUGGCUCACUCUACAUCACGCUGGUACGAGAUGAAGUGCUUUCUAUUCACAAGGUGACAGAAGAGGCCUUUGGUGGCAUUAAAGGCUAUGGGAAACGUAUCACUGAUAUUAAAGAUUGUAAAGAGCAUGCUCUGCAACAAAGUGGGCAAUUACAUCGAGGCCGGCGUAAUUUCUUGAGGAAUGCUGUGCGGGAGAUGGAGGCUAUUCUGGCCAACGAACCUGGACUGCUGGGCCCCAAGGCUAUUUAUGUCUUCAUGGCUCUGUCGUUCUGCCGGGAUGAGGUUGCCUGGCUGUGCAGACACAGUGAGCACAAAGGCAAGAACCAAGAGGAAUUCACUGACAGCUGCUUGGCUGAGCUGCUGUUUCUGAUGGAAAGACUACGCAGAUUGCUUAAACAGUACCAAAGUGUCAUUCAGCGGUACCAUGUACAAUAUUUGUCACGCUUUGAUGCCCAAGUGCUUGGUAACGUCAUACAGGACCUGACUGUGUGCCCCGAAGAGGAAUCAGUGAUUAUGUCAGCUUUUGUCAACACACUCACAUCUCUGACUGUCAAACAGGUCGAUGUCAAGGAGAAAUUUGAAUUCAAGGGACUGCGAUUGGAUUGGUUCAGACUACAGGCAUACACCAGUGUCACUAAGGCCCCAUUGCAAUUGCGUGAGAAUCAUGAUCUUGCUAAGGUGAUGAACCUCAUUGUCUUUCAUACUAAGAUGCUAGACUCUGUGGAAGAGCUCAUAGUGGAGACAUCCGAUCUCUCCUUCUUUUGUUUCCACGUGCGCCAUUUGGAGAAGUUAUUUGCCUCCUCCUUAGAGGAACCAUCCAUGUUGCGUUAUGUCAUUAUCUUCCCACUUCUGUGUGCUGAUUUCAGUAAUACGAUCCAUCCAAUGUGCCCUGAGGAGUAUCCGCAUCUGCAGACCUGUGCCCUGGCCUUAUGCAACAACUUCUUGGAAGAGAUUGCAAAGCAGACUUCGAUCUGCAUCCUGGAUACUUGUGCUGAACACUGUAAUCUGAGCGAGCAACUCUUACCCAAGCACUGUGCACCCACCAUCAGCAAGGCCCGAACCAAGAGGGUUCAAAAAAAAACUUCCAAAAAGUUAGAGCCAGAAAGAGAUAAACCUGGAGCAGAGAGUAUUCGGAAAGACCGCAGUCUGGUCACAAAGUCUUUGGCACGACUGGUAAAACCGAACCCAAGUUCUCCAGAGAUAGCGCGUCCCACAGAAGUAUUAGCAGGCGUGCAGGCCUAUGCUACUUUCCUGGUGUCCCUGAUGCAUCGUGUAGGAGUGGAUACUUCGCGCCUCCUCCGUGGGGUGCUCCUGCAGCACACCCAGCCGCUGGAUGCAAGCGGAGAGCAGACCAUCACCACACUCUAUACCAACUGGUAUCUGGAGUCACUUCUACGCCAGGCAAGCAUGGGAUCCAUUGUCCUUUCGCCUUUAAUGCAAGCCUUUGUCAGUGUUCCCAAAGAAGGGGAACAGAUCUUCAGUGCUGAAGAAUUUUCUGAUGUCCUAGAAAUGAGAGCAUUGGCUGAACUCCUUGGUCCUUAUGGAUUGAAGUUCCUAAGCGAUAACCUCAUGUGGCAUGUCACCUCACAGAUGGUGGAGCUAAAGAAACUUGUGACUGAGAAUAUGGAUAUUUUGGUUCAGAUCAGAUCCAACUACUGCCAUCCAGAGCAGAUGGCAACGCUAAUGCCCCGCCUAACAGGCAUAGAUAACAUUCUAAAAAGGAUGACAAUUAUUGGGGAAAUUCUGUGGUUCCGGUCAAUGGCACAGGAGGGACUUCAAAAGGUGUUCAGCAGUCAUUGUCCUUUCAUGAUGGGACCCAUUCAGUAUUUGCAAGAGUUUGUCAAUCCUGAGAUGGACAUAAAGGUGACUUUGAGCAUCUUUGAACUGGCCACUGCUGCAGGACUCCCCUGUGACAUUGACCCAGCCCUGGUCUCCGCACUCGCCAACCUGAAGAAAGACAGCUCAUCCCCUGAGGAGGACUACAAGACAGCCUGCUUGCUCCUAGUCUUCAUAGCUGUGUCUCUGCCACUCCUGGUCUCGGAUCCUUCCUCUAUUUACCUCACUGAGAUAGAUGGUUAUAGAAACAAUAUCCACUGCCUUGCCAAAGCUAUCAUCCAGGUGUCGGCUGCACUCUUCACCAUCUACAACAAAAAUAUUGAGAGUCAUCUCAAGGAAUUUCUGGUUCUGGCUUCUGCUAGCAUCUCACAGGGAGGGCAAGAAGUUGAUCGGAUGAAAGCCAAAAACUGGGAGUCCAUCUCAUUGCUCCUGUACUUGCUUGUGGAAGAGUCAUCCUUCUUGACCGUUGAUAUGCUGGAGACCUGCUUCCCUUAUGUGCUGCUGCGAAAUGCUUACCGUGAAAUCUCCCGAAACUCACUUUUGUGUCGUGUCUCUGCACAUUGAAAAGCCUUGCCUUCUGGCCUUCCAGCCAGAUCAUAAAAGCAGAAUAUUUGGCAGCAGUGGAUAGGAAGGAUAGUGGAUGCUUUGGCCAAGCUGUCUCUUUGACCCUUCAACUUAUUGUCUAAAGAGAACCAGUCCCAGCUUCUUGAGUGCUUAGCUAACAUUUGACGGCCUUUGUUUUGGCCAGUAUUACUACUAGUUAUACUAAAAUGUAUAACCAUUUGAUGGUUGCCAUCAAAGUUUUCUGGGUACUUAUUGGUAGAAUGUGCUACGUUUCACCAGUUGCAGUUUUUGUUGCCUUUGAAAAAUGUCUGUUUGGACUGACCAGCCCCCAAAUAAAGCCCAAAAUGUUCAUUCCAGUCACCUGUAGAAAAAAGAAGUCUAAAUAUUUUUAGCACACAUUAAUUCUUUAAAUCCACCAAUUAGGUUGUAAGCUUCUUAGGAUAAGCUUACAAUUUUUGUUUAAAAAAAAUUCUGCAAAUAAAAUUAUAAAUGAAUGAUUAUAGUAAUCACUCCUGGAAACCAAACAGCCGACAGUCUUGUAUUCCAAGUACAUGUCAGAAAAUUUAAUCAGCCUGAUAGUUCUUUUUGGGUUUUUUUUUUUAAAACAAUCAUGGGAAUUGUCAAUAAGGAAUAGGGAAGACAUUCUUUAUACUAUCUACCCCAUAUGUCCUUCCCAGUCCAAAUAGCAAUUGAUGCACUGGCUUGAGAUGGAAGCUGUAGCCCAAAGCAUUAAGACUGAACUAAUGAUAGGGAAUAAUAAGUUAGGUUUACACUUGCUAAGCCAUGGUUUCUUUAACAGACCAUCAUAGCUGGAUCACACAAAACUAAUCUAAAAGCCUUGACAGAAGGAUGGCAGGUACCUUGAUGAUCCUUUAGACAUGCUUAAUAUCUUUGGAUAAUAAUAAACUUGUAUCUAUCCUCAAAUUUCU